UAUCAAUUAGUGAGAGAAAUUAAAAUGAGCCAAGACCAACCCGGCAGGCCGCAGCAGGCGGCGGAACACGGCGGCGGCGACUCGGCGCUGCAAUCGGCCGCCGCCGAGGUCUUCGGUUUGCUGUCCACCAACACCAGCGAUGUUGCGGGGCUGACGCAAUUGCAGCAGCGCGGAAAUAUCACUAUCGGCGAGGCGCUGGAGGCCACGACGCUCACGGCGGGGAGCUACCCCGUCGGCUACAGCGACGCCGCCGCCAUCCAGGCGGCGGAGGUUAGAGCAACCGGCCGUACCAACAUUGUGCCCGGCGGCGUCGCCGCCGCCGCCCAAUCGGCUGCCACGCGUAAUGCUAGGAUCACACGGGAUGCUGAAAAGACAAAACUCGCCGAGGUUCUUUCGGAUGCUCGGGCCAAGCUACCAUCGGACAAACCGGUGACCCGCCGUGAUGCCGAAGGAGUCAUUGUAGCCGAGCUGCGGAAUGAUCCCAACCUUUGUACCCGUCCCGGUGGUGUCGCCGCCUCCAUUGCCGCCGCCGCAAGGCUUAACCAAAAUAAUGCUCAUUCCAAUACCAAAAACAACAACAAUGCUAUUCUCAAGCGGACGGGCAGAGUAGAUGCAAACGCAGAUCUGUUUUCCUACAAUGUCAUCUCCCACCCGAUGAACCUCACACCCAACCAACCAUCGGAAUCGGAAUCAGUAAUCGGAAUCUCUCCUCGAUAUAACUCACUGAAGUGA